CGCCACUUCCGGCAGUGCGCGACAUGGCCACGGGCCGGGACCGCGGGGACUUGGCUGCACGGCAGCUGGUGUUCCUACUUCCAGAGUAUUUAAAAGAUGCCUCGAAGAAGAUGAAGAGUGGCGUCCUGUUUGUCAAACUGGUCAACCCGCGCUCAGGGGAAGGAGCCAUGUACUUACUCGACAUGUGUCUACAGCAGCUGUUUGAAAUAAAAGUUUUCAAGGAAAAACACCAUUCUUGGUUUAUAAAUCAAUCAGUUCAAUCAGGGGGCCUUCUCCAUUUUGCCACACCCAUGGAUCCUCUGUUCCUAUUCCUUCACUACCUCAUAAAGGCUGGCAAAGAGGGAAAGUAUCAGCCCUUGGAUCAGGUUGUAGUGGAUGACAUGUUUCCAGAUUGCACCUUGCUGCUGAGAUUUUCUGAGCUUGAGAAAUCACUUCGGCAUGUGACAGAGGCAAAAGAAGUAAACAGCAAGAAGUACUACAGAUAUAGCACAGAGAAGACACUGAAGUGGCUGGCUAAAAAGGUUAACCAAACUGUGGCAGCUUUGAAAGCCAAUAAGGUCAAUGUCGGAGCCCGGGUACAGUCAUCUGCAUAUUUCUCUGGUGGUCAGGUUUCCAGAGACAAGGAAGAAGAUUAUGUUCGAUAUGCCCAUGGUCUGAUCUCUGAUUACAUCUCUAAAGAACUAAGUGAUGAUUUGUCUAAGUUCUUGAAGCUUCCAGAACCUCCAGCUGCAUUGCCAACCCCUCCAUCAAAGAUGCCAGCACAAAGACGAAAAAGGGGCAAAUGACAAGUGAUGCAGCCCACGCAAGGCUCGGCUGCUUCCUGUGCAACCUAAGAUACCGCAAAGUUUUCUGCUCUUACAAAAGCACUCUGCACCUUCAGGAAGACCACCAGGUGCCUGUAGCAUCUGUUAAUGGACCAGUGAUGAAUGUGCCAUCUCUUAGCUUGACCAUGGAUGUGCUGGGAGAUCUCAGCAGAGUGUUCUGUGCUGCACUUAGUUCAAGCUACCCUUGAGUGUGGAUCUGAGGAGUGCAGCUGCCUCAGACUUCAAAAUGUCCAGAAGAGAAGACUUCCUGGGAAACCAAGGUCAUUCCUCCAGCCUGACUUGUUGGCUUCCCACUUUUGUUGAGGUGCCUUGACAGAAGCACAUGAGUCCACACUACAGGCUCCAGCAAACCAACUCUCAGCCUUUUAAAAUACUUACCCGAAACCUGACCUUCUUUCCUUCUUACCAACUUGGCAGCUUCCAAUGCAAUAAUGAUGCCCAAAUAUGUACAUUUUAUAACUUCUUAGAGUUAUAAACCUGGCUUUGUUUUUAAAAGAUUUGUCCAGCAUGUGUAUUAGUGUGAUCUCUUAGAGCCAGGACAGAGUAUAUGAGAGAGAAUUGGGAAUGAAUGAAUGCCAAAAAGCAGUUCGGGGGAGCAUGCUCAGCAAGGCUCUUUUAAGGAGGCAGCAGGAGGUUUGGGGCAGAAAUGUCCGAGGUUCAAGUGACUGUUGCACUGGGCACACAGCAGGGCAGGCUGGCUGCUGCUCAGCUGACCUCCCUUGUUCACAGAGCACCCCAGCCUCUUCAGAGAACAAUCCUGAGUUCUGACUCUCAGCCAAGCUGAGCCUCAUUCCCCAGCAGUCUCAUUUCCCCUUGCCUCCUUCCCAACAUGGAAAUGACGGUGAACGCUGGUGCUUUGGUGGCUGAGAAAUGAAUCUGCCUCUCCAAAUCCAACUCUACA